AUGUUCAACGAAUCACACCUAGUAAGAGUAAGAAAAAGUCUUUUGCUUUGCUUCGGCCUGUCAUCACAUAUGAAAAAACGGAUGGCUUUCCCCCCCGAUCUGUUGCACGAAAGGGAUAAUGUGCAACUUCAAAUUGUCAAUUAUAUCUUUUAUGGAAAUGGGAAACCAAUUCCAGGAAUUUCUGAUACAAAUAUUCAAUCAGUUCGGACUUGUUUAGUAUUGAAUUGGGACCAAGACAAAAAAAGUUCUUCUAGUCAAGAAGCUCGUGCUUCUUUUGUUGAAAUAAGGAACGAUUCGCCGGGCUCCAGAUUGUUUUCUGAUAAUGGAUCAGAUUGUACCAACAUCAAUCCGCUUACUUCCGUUUAUUCCAGGGCAAGAAUUCAGCAACCCCUUAAUAAAAAUCACAAAACUAUUCAUACGUUAUUGAAUAGAAAUACGGAAUUCCAAUCGGUGAUAAUUUUGUCAUCAUCCAAUUGUUUUCGAAUGGGUCCAUUCAACGAUAGAAAAUAUCACCGUAUUUUGGCAAACAACUAUUUACACCUUGACAAUUUAAAACAGACUUUUCAUGGAAUUAACUAUUAUUUAAUCGGUGAAAUUGAGAAAAUUUAUAACCCCGACGCUUGCAGUAACAUUAUUUUCAAUUUGAAUUGGGAUUUUAUCCACCCCAAUUAUUGUCAAGAAACAUCUACAAUAAUGAGUCUUUGGCAGUUUAUUUGUGAAAAUAUAUGUAUAACAAAAAACGCACCACACCUAAAAUCAGGUCAAGUUAUACUUGUUCAAGUUGACUCUGUAGUAAUACGAUCGGCUAAGCCUUAUUUGGCCACUCCAGGAGCAACUGUUCACGACCAUUAUAGGGAAAUCCUGUAUAAAGGAGAUACUUUAAUUACAUUUAUUUACGAAAAAUCGAGAUCUGGUGAUAUAACCCAGGGACUUCCAAAAGUCGAACAGGUGGUAGAAGUGCGUUCAAUUGAUUCAAUAUCGAUGAAUCUAGAAAAGAGGGUUGAGGGCUAG